AUGGUCAUAACGGACAAAAACAAACCACCAGACGUACAAAGUGACAUUCCUUUAACAUCAGACGUACAAAGUAACAUCCCUUCAACAUCAGACGUACAAAGUGACAUCCCUUCAACAUCAGACGUACAAAGUGACAUCCCUUCAACAUCAGACGUACAAAGUGACAAUCCUUCAACAUCAGACGUACAAAGUAACAUCCCUUCAACAUCAGACGUACAAAGUGACAUUCCUUCAACAUCAGACGUACAAAGUAACAUCCCUUCAACAUCAGACGAACAAAGUAACAUUCCUUCAACAUCUGACGUACAAAAUGACAUUCUUUCAACAUCAGACGUACAAAGUAACAUCCCUUCAACAUCAGACGUACAAAGUAACAUUCCUUUAACAUCAGACAUACAAAGUAACAUCCCUUCAACAUCAGUCGUACAAAGUGACAUUCUUUUAACAUCAGACGUACAAAGUAACAUUCCUUCAACAUCAGACGUACAAAGUGACAUUCCUUCAACAUGA